UCUCCCUCCCUCCCUCUCUCCAAACCCGCGUUAACGGCUUACUUUUCCUUUUCCUUUUUAAAACUCUAAGUUCAUUCACUCCCUCCUCCCUCUUCGGACCCGGACCGAGCGAACAGGUGGAGAUGACGGCGCUCGGCUCCGCGCGCCCCGCGGCUCCGCGCGCCCUCCGGCGGGUCGCGCUGCUGCUGUGGCCGCUCGUGGCGACCUGCUGCCGCUUUGCUUCGGCGCAGGAGCUGGCGACCAACGGGGUGAACGGCUACAGCCUGCACCCGCCUUACUUCAACCUGGCCGAGGGCACCAAGAUCACCGCGUCGGCGACCUGUGGAGAGGACGACGGCGGCAGAGCCCUGCAGGACCUGUACUGCAAGCUGGUGGGAGGCCCGGUGUCCGGGGACCCGAGCCAGACCAUCCAGGGACAAUACUGCGACAUUUGCAGCCAGGGCGACAGCGACCGCGCUCACCCCAUCACCAACGCCGUGGACGGGACGGAGCGAUGGUGGCAGAGCCCCCCCCUGUCCCGCAGCACGGAGUACAACGAGGUGAACGUCACCCUGGACCUCGGACAGGUCUUCCAUGUUGCCUACGUGUUGAUUAAGUUUGCAAACUCUCCUCGUCCUGACCUUUGGGUUCUGGAGAGAUCCGUCGACUUUGGUCAGACUUACCAACCGUGGCAGUACUUCGCCUCCUCCAAGAGAGACUGUAUUGAGCGUUUUGGACAGAGUACCAUUGAGAGGAUCAGCAAUGACAAUGACAUCGUCUGCACCACCGAGUACUCCCGUAUCGUCCCGUUGGAGAAUGGAGAGGUUGUUGUGUCCUUGGUGAACGGUCGGCCCGGGGCUUUGAACUUCUCCUACUCGCCGGUGCUGAGGGACUUCACCAAGGCCACCAAUAUCAGGCUUCGUUUCCUGAGAACCAACACGCUCCUGGGACACUUGAUGGGAAAGGCGCUCCGUGACCCCACCGUCACCCGCAGGUAUUACUACAGUAUCAAAGACAUCAGCAUCGGAGGACGCUGCGUGUGUAACGGACAUGCUGAAGCCUGCGACGCCGAUGAGCCCAACAACCCCUACAGGUUACAGUGUGACUGUCGGCACAACACCUGUGGCCUGUCUUGUGACCAGUGUUGCCCCGGCUACAACCAGUUGCCGUGGAAGCCAGCCACCACCUACAGUGCCAAUGAGUGUGAACCGUGUAACUGUCACCGUCACUCGUUUGACUGUUACUACGACCCCGAGGUGGAUCAGCGGAGAGGCAGCAUCGACAUCCACGGACACAACAGAGGAGGAGGAGUCUGCCUCAACUGCCAGCAUCACACCACUGGAGCCAACUGUGAGCGCUGCAUCCCCACCUACUACAGGUCACCUGACCACAGUAUCGACUCCCCAUUGGCCUGCUCACGCUGUGACUGUCAGUCAGAGUUCUCAGAUGGUACCUGUGAGGAUCUGACCGGUCGCUGCUUCUGCAAACCAAACUACACCGGAGAGAACUGUGACUCCUGUGCCAGCGGCUUCACCAACUUCCCAGACUGUUACUCCAUCCCCACCUCCAACAACAACGGCGAAGCCAAACCUGCAGGAGAGAUCAUCCACUGUGAGUGCAGUGCAGCCGGUACCGUAGAUAACUUCUGUAGGCCGGAUCCCCGAACCCGGACCUGUAUCUGCAAACCAGGUUUCACUGGUGGCCAUUGCGACACCUGUGCUCCCGGUUUCUAUGGAUCCAACUGUCAGGCCUGUCAGUGCUCAGGUCCCGGCUGUCUGGAUGGGUCAUGUGAUUUGGUGACAGGUCACAGUGUGUGCCGGAGUGGUUUCCGGGGUUACCAGUGCGACCAGUGUGCACCGGGCUACUUCAACUACCCGCUCUGCCAAUUGUGUGGCUGCAGCACGGUCGGCUCCUUGCCUGAAGGUUGCGAUGCGUCUGGCCGUUGUCUGUGUAAACCAGAGUUUCAGGGUCCUCGAUGUGAGCAGUGCAAAUCUGGAUUCCACUCAUACCCCAACUGUCAAGUGUGCACAUGUGAUCCUCGCACCUCGUUGGACUCCGGCUGCACCGCGUCGGGUCACUGCCACUGCCAGCCCAACUACAGCGGCGUGUCAUGUGACCAGUGCGCUCCGGGUUACUAUUCUUACCCAAGCUGCACGCCCUGCCAGUGUUCUGCAGAGGGCUCCCGCUACAUCAGCUGUGACCAGGUGACAGGACAGUGUGUGUGUCUGUCUACCGUGGCCGGCCUGAGGUGUGACAGCUGUGCACACGGCGCCUACGGCUUCCCCAACUGCAGAGCUGGUACCUGCCACCCUUCGGGCUCUGUUCAGUAUACGGUGCCGCCACCAGUGGGCCAGUGUGAGUGCCGUCGUUAUGUGGAGGGCCCGGCCUGUGACAAAUGUAAAGCUCUGUACUGGAACCUCUCCCCCGACACUGCUGAUGGAUGCACCAACUGUGAGUGUAACAUUGCAGGCACCAUCAGUGGGGUUGCAGAGUGCGCACAGGCGACUGGUCAGUGUCACUGUAAACCCAACGCCUGCAGUGGAACCUGCUCCAGCUGUAAGGAAGGCUAUUACAACCUGCAGGAGCACAACUACUUUGGCUGCCAAGGUUGCCAGUGUGACAUUGGAGGUUCAGCGGGUCAGUCUUGUGGGGAGAGGAACGGCCGCUGUCUCUGCAGACCCAACGUGGAGGGACAAAAGUGUAAUCUACCUCGUCCAGAUCAUUACUUCCCAGACCUCCAUCACCUGAAGUUUGAGAUUGAGGAGGGAACCAUGCUGGAUGACCGACCAGUGCGGUUUGGCUACAACCCUGUGGAGUUCCCGGACUUCAGCUGGAGGGGUUAUGCUCAGAUGUCCCCCGUCCAGACUGCAGUGAAGCUUCAGGUUUAUGUGAGCGAGGCAGACGUCUAUCUGACUCGCUUCAUCCUCAGAUAUGUAAACUCUGAGGGCGCUACGUCCAACGGUAAAAUAACAGCCUAUCAGGUCAACCGCAGAGGUACGUCUACACCAAUCACAAGAGUGCGUCAGUGUUCAGAGCAGUCCAAACAAAUUGUUUUUGCUCCCAGUAUGGAGCCGACUUUCGUCAAUGUUCCGCAGAACACUUUUGUGGAGCCGUUUGUCCUGAACCCGGGAACCUGGACUGUUGUUAUAGAGGCAGAAGGAAUCCUGCUGGACUACCUCGUACUUCUGCCCAGCGCCUACUACGAGGCUCCUAUCCUGCAGAUCAGAGUGACUGAGCCCUGCUUCUACAGCUCUGUGCCUGAAGCCAGCCACAACUGUCUGCAGUACAGAUAUCUGUCUCUGGACUCCUUCCCCUCCAUCUCGGGCAACGGCGCCAGCUGUCGCAACGACAACCACCUGCCGCGCCCCUGCCCAACUGAGAAGGUCACCGCGCGUCACCCAGACAUGGCCGUCUGCAGCGGAUACGAUAUCAGCGUUGAGCUGCGAGGACGUCUGUCGUCUGCGGGCAAUUACGUUCUGGUGGUGGAAUACUCCAGUGAGGAAGAGAUGCCACAAACUCUGUCCGUCACUGUAAACAUGGCGGGAGCACGAGCACACGAGCACCACGUGACCCUGCAGCACUGCAAAUACAGCUUCCUGUGUCGAGCCGUGGCGAUCGACGGGCAAAACAGAGCGGCCGUCUUUUCCCUCCCCGCCGACGCCGAGAUCCAGCUGAGCGCCGACCGUGCCAGCUUCUUCCUGCACAAAGUGUACCUGGUGCCUAAAGGCGAGUUUACCAUGGAGUACGUCAAACCGAAAAUCCACUGCAUCAGCACUCAUGGACAGUUCUCACCUGACAGUUCCUCUUGCAUCCCCUCACGCUUCCAGAUGCCGUCGGACUCGCUAGUCCUGAAAGAAGGCCAGAGCUCUUCAAUGCAGGAGCCCGUCCAGGCCUCCCCGGCAGCAGCUCCUCCUCUGCCCUCCUACCAGAGCUACAAGCCGACCUGGACGGGAGGAGAAAGACCUCCCUACGGAGCAGAUAAUGGCGACCACAUCCGGCUGGAUUCAGUGCAGAAUGCAGCGGUGUACUCCACCCGUGUCCAUACCCUGGGACGUUACGUCUUCAUCCUCCACUAUCACCAGCCUCUCCAUCCCAACUACCCUGUGCAGGUGUACAUCAAUGCUGGACGGAUCUGGCAAGGCCAAGCCAACGCCUCCUUCUGUCCUCACGCUUACGGCUGCCGUAACGUCCUGGUUUCUGAGAACCAGAUCAUUCUGGAUGUGACAGACCACGAGGUCUUCCUCACCGUGCAGAUUCCUGCUGGCAAGACACUGUGGCUGGAUUAUGUGUUGGUCGUGCCCGAGAGCAGCUACAGCUCCAACUCCCUGAAUGAGGAGCCUCUGGAUAAAUCCUACGACUUCAUAAGCAACUGUGGACAAACCAGCUUUUACAUCAACCCCACCACCGCUUCUCAGUUCUGCCUCGGCUCGGCGGUGUCUCUGUCGGCCUUCUUCAACAACGGGGCGAUGCCCUGCGCUUGCCACGAGGUCGGCGCUGAGAGCGACACCUGCGAGCAGUUCGGUGGCCAGUGCCGCUGUCGGCCCAACGUGAUCGGCCGCGACUGCUCCAUGUGCGCCACGGGCUUCUGGGGGUUCCCCAACUGCAGACCUUGUAACUGUGGUACGAGGUUAUGUGAACCAGUGACCGGCGACUGCAUCUGCCCUCCGAGGACCGUGCUCCCGGAGUGCACCCAGUGUGAGCCCCAGACGUUUGGCUGCCACCCGCUGGUCGGGUGUGAAGUCUGCAACUGCUCCCGGCCGGGCAUCUCCUCCCCCGAUGUAAAUUGCGACACCUUCAGUGGACAGUGCAGAUGUAAGGACAACGUCGUUGGCCGUCAGUGCGACCGCUGCUCCCCUGGUUUCUAUGGUUACCCCAACUGCAGGCCAUGCAAUUGCAACGAGGCAGGAACUGAAGAGGAAGUGUGCGACUCCUUCACAGGACAGUGUCUGUGCAAGGAAAACGUGCAGGGUUCCCGAUGCGACCAGUGCCGACUUGGUACAUUCCAUUUGGAUCCAACCAACCCUAAGGGCUGCACCAGCUGCUUCUGCUUCGGAGCGACCGACCGCUGCCGCAGCUCUGACAAGAGGCGCAAAGAGGUGAUGGAUAUGGAGGGCUGGGUGUUGCUUGGGGCAGACAGACAGGAAGUACCGGUGGUGUUGUAUCCUGGACAGGACCUUGUUGAGGCUGACCUCAGCGAUGUGCCCGAUGUCUACCAGGACAUUCACUGGCACGCACCAAAGACUUACCUGGGAGACAAGGUCUCAUCCUAUGGAGGUUAUCUGCGGUAUCGUCUCCACACUCAGACCAUGAGAGGCGACGUGUUGUCUCUUCCUGCAGAAGCCUCCCGGCCAGAUAUCAUUCUCAAGGGUAACCAGAUGACCUUGGUGUUCAUGGAGAGGGAGUACUCCUCACCUGAGGAGCCUCACCUGGGGAUCGUUCACAUGGUUGAGGGGAGUUUCCGUCACGCUCAGACUGGUAACUCUGUGUCUCGGGAGGAACUGAUGAUGGUCCUGGUCCGUCUGGAGUCUCUGCAGAUCCGAGCGAUUCACUCUCAGUCUGCCCACUCCGUGUCGCUACGCGGCGCCGUGCUGGAGGCCGCGGAGAACCUGCCUGCCGGUCGCCAUGCCAACAACGUGGAGAUCUGCAUGUGUCCUGCCAAUUACAUGGGAGACUCUUGUCAGAAAUGUGCUCCGGGUUACUACAGAGACACUAUUGGCUUGUUUCUGGGGAAAUGUGUCCCCUGUAAUUGUAACGGACACUCUGACCAGUGUGUGGACGGAUCAGGAAUCUGUUCGAACUGCCAGCACAACACUGCCGGAGACCACUGUGAGAUCUGCCAGGGAGGUUUUCUCGGCAACAACAGCCUUGACGGACAGGCAGUGGCAUGCUCCAGUUGUCCCUGCCCACUAAGGGUCGCAUCAAACAACUUUGCAGAAGGUUGCGUGCAGAAAACCGACAGGAUGCAGUGUUUGUGUAUGCCGGGUUACGCUGGACCUCACUGUGAAAGGUGCGCCCCAGGUUACUACGGCAACCCCAUGGUACUGGGCAGCCGGUGCCAGCUUUGCCAUUGCCACGGCAAUACGGACCCCAACAUGCUUUUCACCGACUGUCACCCGCUGACAGGGGAGUGUCUCAGCUGCAUGCAUAACACGGGCGGCCCUCACUGUGACAUCUGCGCCCCUGGUUACUACGGAGACGCGGUCACUGCCAAAAACUGCACCAAGUGUAACUGCUCCCCGUGUGGCACCGAGUCAUGUGACCCUCAAACUGGACAGUGUCGCUGUAAAGCUGGAGUCACCGGACCGAGCUGUGAUCGCUGUGAAGUCGGCUCAUUCGGCUUCGAGUUGUGCUCCGGUUGCCGUCAUUGCGACUGCGACGCCUCUGCCGCCCUCGUACAGCCGUGCAAUCCUCAGAGCGGUCGGUGCGCCUGUCAGCCCGGAGUCAACGGGCCAAACUGCAAACAGUGCGCUCCUGGAUACUGGGACUACGGACCCAACGGAUGCAAGAAGUGCAGCUGUAGAGGAGGGCGCUGUGACCCUCGCUCAGGAGAGUGCCGCUGUCCUGACGGGAUGACGGGAAAACAGUGUGACACCUGCAAGCAAAAAUACAGCGUGACUGUGGAGCACCACGAUGGCGUGCACUGCGAACCUUGUGACAGCUGUGUCAUCGUCCUGUUGGAGGAUCUCGACAAAUUGAGCGAAGACUUCAACUCGGUAGCCGCUCAGCUGAGCAGCCUGAAUGCCAGCUCGAUGGCCUGGGCUCAGCUCCGCAGUCUCAACAAGUCUGUGGAGGAAGUCACUACCGCCAUUGAGAACUACAACAGUACGCUGGAUGACAGCCGGAGUCGAGCUGACCGGCUGGACGCCGAAAUCAUGAAUAUCAAUGAUGACAUCGAUGACCUGCACGGCAAGGCAACAGUGUUGACUGACCGGGUCGGUGACCUGCAGGACCGAACCAAUAACACACACCAGAGGGCCCAAGACCUGCUGUCCUUCAUCCACAACAUGACCAUGGAUUUAAAAGACGUCACGAUGAUGGCAAACCGGACUUCGCUGAAUGACACUGAGGCCGAGCAGGACGACGGGGAAAGGGAGCGGAAGAUGAGGGAGGUCCAGGCCAUGCUGAGGGAGAUGAGGUACAGGAGUUGUGUGGGACAGAAGAGACUGGCUGACGAAGAGAAGACGGCGGCGCAGGAAUUGCUGGACCGUGUUAACGAAGAGCUUGCAGGUCGUCAGGGAGAAAACAGCGACUUGGCCAGUGCCAUCAGAGAACGCCUGGCCCGCUUCCACUCGCAAAUGAUGGACCUCCGAGACGCCCUGAACGAAGCUGUGAACAACACUGCCGUGGCCGCGGAGAUCAACAACAUCAAUGAGAAAACUCUGGAGGACAACCAGAGGAAGAUAGAAGACCUGCUCUCAAAGAGGAAGGAGGUGAUCGACCAGCUAUCCAUGGCUGAAGACGACGUAGCGCAGGUCAACGAUGUGUUGUCCAUGCUGCACGACUCCAAAGAGGAGUAUGAGCGUCUGGCGGCCCAGCUGGACGGCGCCAGGAUGCCUUUGGCAAAGAAAGUGCAGAACUUUGCUUUGGUCGACUCCAAAAUUCCUCUGGUGGAGGAAGCAGAGAAACACGCUGAGCUGCUGAACACUUUGGCCAUGAACCUCUCCAGUGUGAUAGCCGAAACCAAGAAGGAGGGUAUUGUGGAUGUAACACAAUCCUACAACAAGAUCAUCAACAGCAUCAAAGAGGCAGAGGAAGCAGCCAACAUGGCCUACAAGGCUGCUAACGACACAAUGGAGAACAUAAAGGACCAGAACCUCGGCCAAAUGGCUGAUUCUCUGAGGAACCACAGUGUUGAGCUGAAGGAUGAGGUUGAGAAUCUAAAUGAUGAACUCAACAACGAACUGAAGCCACAGCUGGAAGACGCUCAGAGGCGAGUAGACGAAGCCAAAACCAAACAGCUGGAUGUGAUGGAAGACCUGGCAGCUGUUCAGAACAACCUCAACUUCACUACAAAUGCGAGUCAAGAGAUCAACGAGGCAAAGCAAGCAGCUGAUCUGGCAAACACCACGGCAACACGAGUCAACGAUGCCCUGCGUCCCAUUAAGGAGCAGCUGGACGAAUGGGAGCAGACUUAUGGAGACGCCAACUCCACCAAUGAUGACAUCAACAACGUCCUGAUGGAGGCCAACAAGACCGUGAACGCACUGGGUGAGUCUAUUCCUUUGCUCAUGAAGAAGCUGGAUAAACUGCAGAAUCAAUCCGUACUGAUGCCAAACAUCUCUGAGAACAUCAGCCGCAUCCGACAGCUCAUACAGCAGGCGCGCAACGCCGCCAGCAAGGUGAGUGUGUCGAUGAAGUUCAACGGGUCGUCCAGUGUUCAGGUCCGUACUCCCCGUAACCUGGCCGACCUGGCGGCCUACACCUCCUUGAAGUUCUACAUCACUCUGCCGGAGCCAUCGCGAUCCAGGCGGCAGGACGACAGUGACCAGCAGUUUAUCUUCUACCUCGGCAACAAGGACUCAAGUAAGGAGUACCUGGGCCUGGUGCUGGUGGGAAAAAAACUGGAGUGGUACUUCAAUGUCGGAGGAGAAACUGCUGCGGUGCUUAUGCCUGAAGACGUCAUGUCUGAUGGAAACUUCAACAGCGUGGUGCUGGAAAGGAUCCUGCAAUAUGGUCAGAUGUCCAUGUCAUCAGAAGCCUCUCAGGGGGACCUAAGGGUCACCAAAGCCUACGUGGAAGCUGUGGGAGAUCAGGGGUUGCUCAACCUGCUGACCGACGACACCGUCUUCUUCGUGGGAGGAUAUCCAAGUAGUUUUAAACCCCCCACCCCGCUUGUGCUGCCUUUCUUUAAGGGCUGUAUUGAGUUAGAUACGCUCAACGAGGAAGUGCUCAGUCUGUAUAACUUUGAAAACACCUUUCAACUCAACACCACAGCGGAGAAACCUUACGGCAGGUCCAAGCCGGUAGCAACUCAGCCCUGGGUGAACGACGCAGCUUACUUUGACGGUACCGGCUUUGCUGAGAUCACCAUGUCUGGUGAAUCUACCAGCGUUCAGCGCUUUGAACAGGAAGUCAAACUGAUCUCGCACAAAGGAAUACUGCUCCUGCUGCAUAAGGAGAAUAACUUCCUGUGUCUGGCGGUACUUGGGGGCAGGCUGAAGGUUCUCUAUGACUUCAGCGGUGAACUGAUGGAGCUCGAGCCCAAAGAUCCUUCAUCUGAAUUCCUGAUGAUCAGUGACGCCGACCCCAAAGCUCUGGAGAUCAUCAUCGUGCGAAGUAAUAACCGCAUGGUGGUGAGAAACAACCGCAUUGGCCUCUACAACCACGAGUUCACAGAGGGCAUCCCCGAGUUCAGCAGCAGCUACUACCUCGGAGGAGUACCAGAGGACAUGAUGCCUGAGAAGUUGAAGUCUGUGUUUUCCAAUCGGGGGGCUGUGAAGGGCUGCUUCAGGAAUGUGAAGGCCCUGACUUCUCACAUCGACCUGAAGAGGAUGAAGAACUCCGGUGUCAGUUUUGGCUGCGACAGUGACCUGUUGGUUGCUCGGGAGGCUCAUUUCUCUGGUCAGAGCUACCUGGACUUGUCCCUGGCCAACAUUCCCACUCUUAGAAAUAACUUCUACUCCAGCUUCGGCUUCAGGACCGGGCAGAAGGAGGGACUCAUGUUCUACCACCAUGAUCAGGACGGAGUGUGUCAGGUGCUAUUGCAGGAGGGCCAUGUUGUAGUGAGAGCUGGCCCCAAUGAGAUUAGGACGCAGAAGACGUACAACGAUGACAACAGCCACUAUGUUGCUCUCUACAACAACAUCAACGGGAUGCGUCUGUAUGUGGAUGACGUGCUGGAGAAAGCCAAUGAGGGCGGCCUGACGGGCAGCAGGGUGCGGAGUGUCACGACCACAGAGGGAAGCACCUUCCUGGGAGGAAUGCCCAACCAGCGCCUCGCCAAUCUCACAGGAUGUAUCAGCAAUGUUUUCAUCAGGAGUGAAAAGAAUGCUCAGACGGUGUUGAACUUGCUGAAGGUGAAAGAAAACGUCAACGUUCCUCUCACCUGUCCUGCUGCCAAAAAACCUCAGCAGAUUGUCGCUGCCCGGCCCAAAAACAGCAACAAAUCCAAGGGAAAGAAGAAGCAGCCCGCUGGGUCUCGGAGCCGUAACACCAGGGAGUCCUGUCGGGGGGAGCCGUCGGACCGGGAGGCCGGAGCGACGCACUUCAGCGGCUCCACACACAGCUACCAGAGAUACAACUCGCUGCCCGGCUCACUCGCCUCGAUGCCUCAAAUCUCCAUGGCGGUGAGGAUCAACUCCUCUGACGGUUUGGUGCUGUACGCAGCCGGCGGUAAGCGCGGCGCGGCCGUGAUGUCCCUCAGCGUGUCCGACGGCCACCUGUUGCUUUUGCUGGACGGAGGAAAGAGGAAGGUCAGCCUGCGUAGCCGCAAGAAGUACAACGACAACCAAUGGCACACGGUGUUCAUAAGGCGCCAAGGAGAGAAGAUCAGCCUCGUAGUGGACGGUAUCAGCGCCCAGUCAAAGAGGAUCCCCGGAGGAGACGCGACUCGUCUCGCUGGGCCUUUAUAUGUCGGCGGAGUCCCCCCCUCACUGAGGGCUCCAGGCUCUGGUGGCUUCGCCGGCUGUGUCAGGGAUCUGACGCUGAACGAAGCCCGCGCAGGGACCCCCACUCACAGCCAGGGGACGGUGCCCUGCUUCCAGAGUCCUCUGCAGCCCGGAGCGUAUUUCUCUGGCCAGGGAGGACACAUGGCGAUAGAUGAGGCCCUAGUUCUGGGUCGGGAUCUGGAAAUCCAGUUGGAGGUUCGGCCCGUCUUGGACUCUGGGCUGCUGUUUCAUGCCGGGAUAUCACCUGACCAACGGCUGAGUUUGGUCCUCAAGCAGGGAGAGGUCACUGUUUCGUUUAACAGCGGUAAAGGUGAAUUCUCCACCUCCUUCACUCCUGAGGAACCUUUAUGUAAUGGCCGCUGGCACACGAUCACAGUGGUGAAGAAGAACAACGUCCUGCAGCUCCAUGUUGAUGAAGAUACGCAGCACAGCGUCGGCCCCAAACAGAGCCGCUCUGCGGGGUCCAAAGAGACCGUUUACCUUGGAGGGGUACCUGACGGCGUCACAGUCCCGGGUCUACCUGCAGGUUUGCCGGCCUUUCACGGCUGCGUCCGCGCAGCGACAAUUAACCGCCGACCCGCCAUGUUGUCCAAACCGCUCGCUGUGCACGGAGCAGUGGGGACGCAGGGCUGCCCUCACAUGUAAACCCAACACACACACGAUCUUAUCCUCACAUUCCCAACUGCAAAUUACUGGUGGUGGGUGUCAUGUUACUGUAGCUAAUUUAAAAUAUAUAUUAAUAUUUAUUUUCUAUUUUCAGAAAAAUGUAUAUUUUCUAUUUUACAGUAUGUUGUUUUUGUGCUAGAGGGUGCUAUAACGACUGCCUGCACAGAUACUAAAAUGUGUGGUUUGUCAACACAAUGAAUUGUCUGGCUUUUGGAAGCAAAUGCUGAAAGAUGAAUUUCAAAAUUUCAAAAUCAAAAAUGGAACUGUAACCAUUUAGGUAGUAUUGCUGCUUUCAGGUCAACCACUUUCCUACCAAUGAAUGGUGCACAUGUCAAUAUCCAAAUUCUAGAUAAAAAAAUUAAAAAAUGUGAAGAUUAAUGUACGGCCAUUUAUUUUAGUCAUUUACUGGGAUUAAUCCUUUAUGAACAACCACCACAGCUCGUGUGCAGGAACAUUUCAUCAUCAUUGUAAACAUGUACCAAACGUGUGUGUGAAACUUGUAUGUAAUAUAACCACUUUUAAAAAAAUCUCACAAAGAAUAAGCUAUCACUCCCAGACCCCGUGUUUUUAAAUAAAGUAUUUUUUAAAAUACAAA